AUGAAGCUUGUCAGAUUUUUGAUGAAGUUGAGCCACGAGACAGUCACAGUUGAGUUAAAGAAUGGAACACAAGUUCAUGGAACUGUAACAGGUGAGAGACAUGCUCUUGAUCUGGACUCCCUGAGUAUCCGAGGCAACAACAUCCGUUACUACAUACUUCCAGACAGCUUACCCUUGGACACGUUGCUCAUAGACGACGCACCUCGUUCUAAAGCUAGGGGCAGGAGAGAGGGAAAACCCCCCAUGGGAGGAGGAGGAGGCAGAGGGCGUGGACGUGGAGGACCUAGAGGACGUGGCAGAGGUGGACCCAGGGGUGGUGGUGGUGGAGGCAGCAGAGGUGGACCAGGGGAGGUGGAGGCCGAAGAGAUCGUUUCUAGCAAGGAUGUGAAGUCAGCAGGCUAG